AUCCAGAAAACUCACUCUUCUUACCAUUGAUUGAUUGCAUCUCUUCUUCUUUAUUUCCUAUUUUCCAAUCAAAACACACUCUGCAAUAAAAAAUAAAUAAAAAAAAGCUCAAAAAUGGCAGCAACAAUGGCUACAUCGAUGGCUAUGCUCAACGCCAAAUGCUUCAACACAAACCCCAAAACCACCAUCUCCACCAAGCCCACCAAGCAAGUUUCCCUCCUCCCCACCGCCAAAACCCCCACCACCAACAACAACGCCGCCGUCGCCGGAACCGCCAUCGCCGGAGCUAUUUUCUCGACCCUCUCCACCACCAACCCCGCCUUCGCCGUCCAGCAGCUGGCGGAGAUAGCCGACGGCGACAACCGCGGCAUAGCCCUCCUCCUCCCUUUGAUCCCCGCCAUUCUCUGGGUGCUGUACAACAUACUGCAGCCUGCCCUUAACCAGAUCAACAGAAUGAGGUCCAAGGGCGUCAUAAUCGGGCUCGGGCUCGGCGGGCUCGCUGCUUCGGGCUUCUUCCACGCGCCGGAGGCUUCUGCCGCCGUGGCUGAGGCCGCCGCCGACAACAGGGGGCAGCUGUUGCUUUUAGUUGUGUCGCCGGCGUUGAUUUGGGUGGCGUACAAUAUCUUGCAGCCUGCUUUGAACCAGAUUAACAGGAUGAGAUCCGAUUGAGAAGAUGAAGAAGAAAAAAUUAAGGGUAUAUAAAUUUCUUUUUAUUUAUAUAUUGCAUGUAAUUUAAUUUGCAAGUAAUUGUAUCCUCAUUGUCUUAAUUAAUCACACUUUUUCUUGCAACAUUGUUUUUUGGCACGUGAUCUUUUAUUUCUUAAUCCUGUUAAAAUCUUGUUUGAGCUUGUU